AUGCCUGCCCGCUGGCUGCUGCUAUUUACCGCUGUCGCUGCCGCUGACGAGGCAGCCGACCGCGAGCGCUGGCCGCUGAUCUACGCGGCGGGCGAGGGCGACGCGGCACGGGUCCACGAGCUGCUGGACGCAGGGCACGGCACGAGCGAGCGGAGUGCGGACGGCGAGACUGCGCUGCACGUCGCCGGCAUCAAGGGUGACGAGGCCACGGUGCGCGCGCUCAUCAACGGUGGCGCCGACAUCGGCCAAGAUUCGCUGCGCGAGCGGAUGGCUGCGGCUGCGGCUAAGUUGCCCUACAAGCCUUGUCGCGGCAAGAGCGAGGGCGACUCUUGCUCGCUGUGCGCGCCUGCAGACGAGGACUGCUUUGAGACCAUGGAGCUAAAAGCGUGCAGCGCCGACGGAAAGUGCCACUCCGCGGCCAGCGGGGGAGAGGUGGAUGAUAUGCCGAUGUGA